GUUUUUAAUUGGAUUACGGCUGCAGUUCUUAACAAUAAUCCACCGAUAGAAAACAUACUUGUGAUGAGUUUUGACAAAGUUUUUCAGAAAAAUUUGAACCAACGAGGAUUCUACCCUUUGUAUAUUAAUGUGACAGGUGACAUUAUGAGACCAAGGGUGAAAUUCAGAUCAGGGAAACAAAACAUCUGGGUGGCUAGAAUGGUGAUAUGGAGAAUAUUCCACUAUGUUGGCUUUGAAAAAAUUGACAACUUUGAUCUAGAUGCUAUCCCGCUGAAGAACCCUCUUAAAGUAUUUGAUGAAAUUAAAGCUGCAGAUAUAGUUGCUGCCACUGGGACAUAUCCUAUAGAUAUUGGCAGGUUAUACGGAUUCACACUGAACAUGGGCAGUGUGGAGCUAAGGAACUCAAAAAGAAUGAAUCAGUUGUGGGACAGCAUAGCCAGGGAGAGCGUUUUUAGUGUCCCAGAUGACCAACUCCUGAUAAACCGUGCAUUACAUGAGGAAGGCAUCACAUGGACAAUUAAGAAACCCUAUACCUUCACCUCCUAUAAUGACAGUGCCAUCAUGUUUGGUUCAGUACGUGGUGUGACGAGAAAUGGAUUUGUCGCUGUGGCAUUAUCAGCGAAACAGUUCUGUAGGGAUACUUGUGAGAGAAAUAACUCAAAAGAUGUUGUUGUAUCACAUUCCAAAGAUGUAGUUUAUAGCUAUCUAGCUCCUGGAUUCAUGAAUGCCACUGAAAUACCUGGGUUAAGUGGAUUAAAUUGGUUGGCUUAUCACAGUGUAAAUGAAACAUUGAUUGAUAUACCAUGACAGCUUAGGAACUUCAAGACAAGAUUUAACAAAAAAAAUUGAAAAAAUCAAAAAUAGCAUCAAAUAUACUUCACAUCAACCAAACUCUUUAUGGGAUGUUCAUCCAAAAAAAGAAGAAAUUAAUAAAAGAUGUAGCUUUUAUUGGUAUCAUUUCCAAAACUAACACUAAUAAUUUUCGUGAAACAUACACACAAAGAAACAAACUACAUGUAUAACAAAUUGUUACUGUUUUUGUCUGAAUUCUAUGUCAAUUUGAAAAUAGCCG